AUGCCGGAGCCGCGCGGCUCGUCCCCGCUGCGGGUGAAUGCGGCCUUCGCGGAGCGGUACGGCCGCUAUCGGCAGCGCGAGGAGCUGCAGAGACUGAAAGAUCGAUAUGGCGACCGGGGCGCCGCCGACGACUCCUCCUCCUCCUCCUCCGACUCCAGCGAGGAGCGUGUGGAGUUCGACCCCCGGCUGGAACGGGACUUCUAUCGAACUCUGUCCUUGCUGAAGAAAAAGGAUCCUUGCAUCUAUCAGAAGGAGACCACCUUCUACGAGGGGAGAGAGUCUGCCUCUGACAGUGAGCAUGAGGAAGAAGAGGAGGAGAAGAAGAGGCAGAAGAAGAAGAAGAAGGAGAAGCCCAUGUACCUGAAGGACUAUGAGAGGAAGGUCAUUUUAGAGAAAGCAGGCAAGUAUGAAGAUGACGAACAUUCAGACAGUGGGGAAGCUGAAGGGCAGAAACAACAGACCACCUCCCUCAACUAUGUUGAAGAGCAAAAACAAAUCAAGGAGAGUUUCCGUCAAUUUGUGGCAGACAGCGAUGGGGAGGAGAGCGCAGGCGAAGGGGGGUCCAGCUUGCUCCAGAAGAAGGCCCAGACCAAAGAGGACAAGGCCCGGGAGGAGGCUGACUACAUCGACUGGCUAAAAGGACAACGGGACAUCCCUCCUGAGGAGGAGUUGAAGGAACUGACCCAUCUGAAAGAGUAUUGGAGCAACCCGAAACUGGAUGAAGGGGAGAAAUUCCUGCGGGAUUAUAUCCUGAAUAAGGGUUAUGAGGAAGAGGAGGAGGAGGAAGAGGAGGAAGAAGAAGAGGAGGACAGGUUCGCGGGGGCUGGGGGCCAGCUGGUGCUACAGGACUCUUCCGACGAGGGGGAGCUGUUCCUGAAAAAGCAGGAGGACUUUGAGCGCAAAUACAAUUUUCGCUUUGAAGAGCCAGGCUCUGAGGCGGUGAUGACCUACCCUCGGACCAUCUCCACCUCAGUGCGCAGGAAGGACGAGCGGAGGAAAGAGAAGCGGGAGGAAAUGCGGGAGCGAAAGAAGAAGGAGAAAGCCAAGAAGCAGGAGGAGCUGAAGCAGCUGAAGAAUCUGAAACGGCGGGAGAUUCUGGCCAAGCUGGAGAAGCUGCGGGAGAUCACAGGCAACGAGACAGUUGGCUUCAAUGAGGAUGAUCUCGAGGAAGACUUCGAUCCCGCCCAGCACGACCAACUCAUGCAGAAGUGUUUUGGAGAUGAGUUCUAUGGCGUCGGAGAAGAGGAGAAGCCACAGUUUGAGGAAGAGGAAGGACUCGAUGAUGAGGAGUGGAAUUGGGACACAUGGACGGACACUGGGGGAAGCAGCGAACUUCACUGUGAAGACCCCAACUUCAAUAUGGAUGCAGACUAUGACCCCAGCCAGCAGCCCUGGCCGGCCGGGAAGAAGGCAAAGAAGAUGAGGAUAGGAAGAGACACGCUGCAGCUGGGCAAAAAGAAGCGGAAAUCCUACUUUGCACAGGCCAUGACAAGGGAGAAGCCAACUUUUGACCCGGAGGCCAGGACCUUUGAGCAGUACCUGGACGAGUUCUACCAGCUGGACUACGAGGACAUCAUCGAUGACCUGCCGUGCCGCUUUAAGUACCGCUCUGUCCUGCCCUGUGACUUUGGCCUCAGCACUGAGGAGAUCCUGGCUGCGGAUGACAAAGAGCUGAAUCGCUGGUGUUCACUGAAGAAGACCUGCAUGUACCGUUCUGAGCAGGAGGAGCUGCGAGACAAGAAAGCUUUCAGUCUGAAGGGGCAGAACACAUGGAAGAAACGGCAGAUUCUGAAGUCCCUGGCUACUGAAUCCAAAGAUCCUGAGGAAUCUCCUGCUGAGGAGGAGGAAGCCGAAGAAGAGGCCGGGGUGAGAAGCGAGGAGCCUGUAGAGAAGAGGAUCCGGGUGGGGACCGCUCCGGCCGAGCCAUCCACCCUGCCCACCCCUGCCCCGCCUGGGGGGUCCGGAGAGAGCCAGAGAUCCAGGAAGAAGAGGCUCUGGCUGAAAGCUAUGUUGGGAGAGCGGGUGAAACUGGGGGGGCGGGAGUUCAGCCGUGGGAGGCUGCAGGCCUAUGGGCUGAAUGCCAGGCGCCUUCACUACCGCCAGCUGCUGCGGGAGAAGCGAAAACGACAGCGCCGGGCCAGCCCCCGACCCCAGGCCGAGGCCUGAGCCCCCAAGGAAUCAGACUGGAGAGCCGCAGUCCCUGCUGGGAUUGGGGCCGGGCUGUAGUUCUCCCUUUCCCCUAUCCCCGUCCGGCUGCCUGUCAGCCUACCCC